AUGAGAGGAUGGCUCAACGAUACGAGAUCGUAUGUCCCGCCUGUGCAGAUUGGCGAGACUAUGCGAGCAGGAGCGAUUGGAACCGUGGUACAAGGAAAUAACCUGUUGAAGGAAGGAGACAUUGCUGGGCAGAAUACGUCGUUGUCCCAGCAAAAGACCUCCGAAAGCUCUCGUAAUCCUCCUGAAGGCUCUACUGCAGUUGACUACCUCGGCCCACUCGGCAUGACAGGCAUGACAGCCUAUUUUGGGCUUUUGGACGUGGGUAAGGUCAAGGCUGGUGAUACUCUUGUGGUGUCAGGGGCUGCUGGUGCAACCGGAUCGCUCGUAUGCCAAAUAGGCAAACUCAAGGGGGCCAAAGUGAUUGCUCUCGCGUCUGCAUCGAAAUGCGACUACUUGGUCAAUGAACUUGGAGUCGACGCAGCACUGGACUAUAAAUCUCCUACUUUUGCGAAAGAUUUCCGCGAGACCGUCGGAUACCUCGACGUUUUCUUCGAUAAUGUUGGAGGUGAGAUCCUGGACCUCGCCCUGACCAGGCUCAAGAAAAAUGCUCGAAUCGUCUUGUGUGGUGCUAUUUCUGCAUAUAACUCUGCUGGACAACCUGAGGGGAUCAAGAACUACCUUACGCUAAUUUCUCAACGUGCAAAGAUCGAAGGUUUCAUUGUCUUUGACUACAAGGACCGCUACGCAGAGGGCGAAGCAGAAAUGGCCAAGUGGAUAAAGGAGGGAAAAUUGAAACGAAGGUACCAGAUUGAGCAGGGCUUGGAACAGUGCCCACAGCACCUUGGACUGUUGUUCAGCGGUGGAAAUACUGGUAAAUUACUUGUUAAAAUCUCAAAGGACGCUGCCAAGUACUAA